GCAUUUUUUUAAAAGAUAAGUGGUAAUGACUUUACACCGACAAUAUAUCAUUGACACUCACUCAGUCCACUGCACCGUCGCUAAGAUUCUAUUAAAAUUCUAGUAAUUCUUCCGUUGAAAUUAAAAGGUUAUUAACACAGAAUAACGAUGACUACUCGUUUAGAUAAUAAAGUAGCUUUAAUCACUGGAGCAAGUUCUGGUAUAGGCGCAAAAACAGCUAUCCUUUUUUCAAAACUUGGUUCUAAACUUUCUUUAUGUGGAAGAAAUGUACAAAAUUUAGAGGCUGUAGCUAAACAGUGUGAAGAAGUUAGUCCAGAAGGUUUAAAGCCGUUUUUGGUCGUAGUAAAUGAUCUGACAAAUGAAGAAGACACAAAGAGACUUUUAAAUGAAACAAUGGAACAUUACAAAACAUUAGAUAUUUUGGUCAAUAAUGCUGGAAUCUUAUUAACUGGUUCUGUACAGGAUUUAUCUAUGGAAAAAUAUGAUUUACAAACAAAUGUAAAUGUAAGAGCUGUGUAUCAUCUCACUAAAAUAUGUAUUCCUUAUUUAAUUGCUUCCAAAGGAAAUAUUGUUUUUGUAUCAAGUGUUACUGGGUUAAGAUCAUUUCCUAAUGUUGCAGCUUAUUGCAUGUCAAAAAGUGCAAUAGACCACUUUUGUCGUUGCUUAGCAUUGGAGUUAGCACCACAACAGGUUAGAGUGAACUGUGUUAAUCCGGGAGUCAUCAAAACGGAAUGUCAUUUGCGCUAUUCUAUGGAUGAAGAAAAGUAUAAAGAGUUUUUAAAGCAUGCAAAAGAAACACAUGCUUUAGGAAGGUAUGGCGAAGCAGAAGAAGUAGCCAAUGCGAUUGCGUUUCUUGCGUCAGACGGUGCUUCGUUUAUUACUGGAGCUACUUUACCUGUAGAUGGCGGGAGAAGUGUUAUGUGCCCUAGAUGAUUCUAAUGUGUUUUUAUUUUUAGAAACUACUUAUAAAUGAUAACUUUAGUCAACAAAAAUAAAUUUUAAAAAAACUA